AUGGAUAAAAUUAUUGACAAAAUAGACUCGGAGCUUUUAGAAACCGAAAAUGAACUUGUUCCUCAGAAAAGGCGACAUUACCCUCGUUCCGAUCUAUCUGUUUCAACAAAUAGAAAAAUAGAAGCAUUGGAAGUUUGCGAUUCCAUUAUACAACAGAUUAGGACACGAUUCACUUUCACAGGACAUCUUGUAGCUAUAGUAUUAUUCAUGAAAGAACAUUUUAUCGAAUAUCAAAAAAACUUUCCUGAUCAAUGGCUCUCUGAUACAGUUAACGCACAUCAAUUUCUAGAAAAAAAUCGUCUAGAAAAAGAACUGCAAGUACUUUACGAAAGAGAAGAGUUGCAAACCAUUUCUGGAGCCAUUCCUCUCUGUUAUCAUUAUUUUCGCAGGAAGAUAUGA